AGCAUGCGCUUUGUUUGCUUGUACACUCCGCUUAGUUGGAGUUGAGCUCCGGGCUCAACAAGAUGGCUCUGUGAAGUUUUGACAGCUUAACUUUGACAACGUAGAAAAAGCGUUUUGCCUGAGCUGUUGAUCGAAAAUUUUGAAGAAAUAACUGGUUAACGAAAAUUUAGAUUGCUGUGUUUUAGUGUCUGCUCAUAAAUUGCAUAAUAUGGAAGAGAAAGGUACAGAGAAUGUUCCAGAAAAAGAUUCGAAAAGUAAGAAAACUAUUCCAAAUAUCGAGGGAGGUGAACAGAUACAGACGGGCAACGGAGGGGGUAACAUUGAGUCGUCGGUGUCGAGACCAAAAGAGCUCAAAACCAAGCGUUGUCGUGCCUCCGUCAAAUGGAACCGCGUUAAAAGAGUACAAGUGUCUGAUGUAUUCGAUUCUUGUGAACCUCAAGCUAAACUUCCGAAAACAAAUAAGCAAAAUAGAGACAUUGAAAAGACUCAUGAAUGUGUUGAGAAAGAAAAGUUUAUCGAUAUUUCUAGUAAGUCUUGUGAUGACACAGGUACGAUAAGAAAUAAUGAAUCUGGUGUGAAUGAUGAGAGUUUAGUAACUGACCAAAGCAAAGCCACUGCUAACAAAAGUACGCAAAUGGUUAAGGGGCUUAACGUACCUACAUCCAUGGUGAAUGAAGGAGAGGCUAAACAGGAUCAAAGGAAUGAUAACUCAGAUGCUGUACAAGGAAGUCAAGCUAGCAAUAAGAAAUUUGAAAAUGUCAAUGCUACACUAAGUCAUUGGCAAGCUAGUUGCAAAACAAAGGAGAAUUCUCAGACUGGAAACGGAGCUGAUCAUUUUGAAAAGCCUGCUGACAAUACAAAUACAGGUAGAAUGUCAUCAGAUGUUAGUUGGGAGUCUGUGGUAGGAAGCUCAACCCAUCAAGAAGGGGCAAACUCCAGCAUAGAGAAUACAGGCCUAAUAGACAACAAUACUGAGGCCUCAUCCAUAGAUUCAUCCUCAGUCUCUACAGUAAAUGCUGUACAACAAGAGCAGGGAAGAGAGGAAGGAAGCCAGCAAAUGAGUUGUAAUACUGAUGACUGUGUGAGUUCUUCUCAAGCAAACAGAAAGGGGAGAAAGCGUAAACAAAAUUCUGAGACGAAUAAGAGUUUGAGUACAUCAGAGAAAACCAAUUCUCUUGACUGGACUCAGAAGGAAAAACAGCUUCUCUUAAAUGGCCUUAAAAGUGAACCUGGUGAAAUCAAAUGGAAGAAACUGGCAAGAAUGAUCAAAACAAAGAAUCUUGCACAGAUUAAAAGUUACACUGAAAGCUUUUCAGCUAGAGAUUCCAGUGCAAUGGUACCUUCUGAUACACCUUUGGAUACCUGGCUGAAGAUAUGUAAUGAUGCCAGUUCUGAUCUUGACGAUGUUGAUGCCAAGUGUUUGCCACAGUUGCUGACGAUCGCUGCAUUUGAACCUGUUGCCCAAACUUCAGUACCUGGACCCAACUACCCACAAAUCUAUAACUUCCUGAGUGCAGUACUAAGGGGCGACGUAAGCCAGCAACUUGCCCCUUUAGAUGCUAAAGUUGUUCUGGAAUUACUAACUAACCUGGAAUCACGACUUAUGCAUUCGGAUUAUGACAAACAGAUAAAAUUCUUACGAGAUAAACAUGACUCAGUUCUUGAGGAGAGGCUGCGAAACACUGCUAUUCGACACCUGGAAGAAAUAAUCAGCACUGAAGAACAAGAGAGACUUAUAAAGGAAUGCAAAAAGACUGGAUACCCCUCAUACCCAGAAAGAAAAAGUAGCAGAGGUAGAAAGUUAAAGACAAAGAUAGUUGGUUUAAUUGAAUCAGUUAGUGAUGAGUCAGAUACCGCACCAGAGACUCUAAAUCCUAAAAAAUCAUCGUCACUAAAUCCUGUAGGAGUUCCUGUGAAUUUACUAAAUAUCACACCAAGACUGCCCAGAAAUGUUACAACUACUUUAUCCAUGAGAAGUCCUCUUUAUAAUCAGACUCGAUUAGUGGAUGAGCUGAAAUCUGAAAAAGAGAGGAAGAGAAGGGAGAAAAAUCAAAAGAGGCAACAGCAGCGAAAAGAAAAGCAAAAACAACAAAAAGAACAACAGCAACUCCAUAAACAACAGAAUGACCAGCAACAAACCAAACAACAACAAGAACAGAAACAACAGUAAGAACAGCAACAACAGAAAGAACAGCAACAAGAGAAAGAACAGCAACAAAAGGAACAACAGAAUGAACUAGAACAUCAACAGAAAGAACAACAGCAACCGAAUGACCAGUAACAAAACAAACAUCAACAACAGAAAGGACAGCAACUGAAACAGCAAAAGAAAGAUCAAGAACAGAAGGAAUGACAACAACAGCAAAAUACAGAGAGUAGAAGAGCAUCAGAAGGGCCAGGAACAAGACAGGUCUCAGAAAGAGCAGCCAAAACAGAGCCAGUAAAAUAUGACAAGAACAAAUAAUGACUAGAACUGAAAGAUUAUUUCAACAGCAGGAAGGGGAAAAGACAGUAUAAAGAGCACUUUCACAUUUAAAAACAAAGACAUUUGUCUGAAUAUACUGGAAUAAUAAAGACAAUUUACUACAAUA